UUUUUGUCCGCCCACCAACUUUACACAAACCCACUUUCCCAGAACAACCCUAAACCAUAUUAAUCAAAAUUCUUUCUCUUGUAUAAAUAUGAAAUCCCCAAACACUCCCUUUAAAAAAAAAAUUCCCAAUUUCCCCCAAUGAACAUUCACAAUUUUUCUUCUUCCACUUCCACUUCCGAGUCCUCUUCCUCCGAUUCCUCUCUCUCCGGCAAGCCUCCCCCAUCAUCCUCCCCCAUCCCCGAUAAAAUCAAGGGCCCAUGGAGCGCCGAAGAGGACCGGAUCCUUACCCGACUUGUCGAACGUUACGGCCCUAGAAAUUGGUCCUUAAUUAGUCGCUAUGUAAAAGGCCGCUCUGGCAAAUCCUGCCGCCUCCGUUGGUGCAAUCAGCUCUGCCCCGGUGUCGAGCAUCGCCCUUUCUCUCCCGCCGAGGAUGACGCCAUCGUCGCCGCCCAUUCCCGCUACGGUAACCGUUGGGCCACCAUUGCCCGUCUCCUCCCCGGUCGGACAGAUAAUGCGGUAAAAAACCACUGGAAUUCCACUCUUAAACGCCGCGUCAGAGACGACCGACGAAACUCCUCCAGUAAUCACACUUCCGACGUCGUCGGAGGCGGCGGUUCGUUUCUCGCCGUGGAUGAUGAUCCAUUGACUGCACUGACGCUUGCUACUCCAGGAAAUGUUGGCGGUGGUGGUGGUGAGGUGGUGCGGGAGUCUGACCGGCGAAGUGAGAAUCUACCGGCGGGAUUCUGGGAAGUGAUGAAGGACGUUGUAGCGAGGGAAGUGAGAGAGUAUAUGACGACGACGUUUUCGGAAAAUCGGGGAUUUGGUUAAAAGGAAUAGGGGCUAAUAUGUAAAUUUACAAAAUUUGAUUUAUGGAUUUUAAUGUGUGGUUUAAAUUAUAAUUAUGAUUAUUAAUUUUGGGGGAUGAUAAAAAUGGUGGCGGCUCUUUUACAAAAGUCGUGUGCGUCACAGCCUGUCACGAACGCAAACGGUCACCGUUUAUUAUUAUUCUUUGGGCUUAAAAUAGGAAAAGAGAAAACAUCCUUUUUCUUUCUU